AAGCUUGACAAAUUUCAGCCUACCAGUAAAACAUGUUUUCUUUUUCUUCUUUUCAUCUUUUGAAUGAGGAUGAUGGCAUUGAGGGGAACCAGGAGCUCAGAAGCAUGUCGGGGAAGCCCAGGCUUACCUACUGUAAUGGAAGGGGGCGAAUGGAGCCCGUACGAUGGCUGUUGGCAGCAGCCGGUGUGGAGUUUGAAGAAGUUUUUUUGGAAACAAGAGAGCAGUAUGAGAAGUUAAUCAAAGAUGGAGUCCUGAUGUUCCAGCAAGUGCCUCUGGUUGAGAUUGAUGGGAUGAAGAUGGUGCAGACCAGAGCCAUCCUCAGCUACAUAGCAGGGAAAUACAAUCUCUAUGGGAAAGACUUGAAGGAGAGAGCCCUGAUUGACAUGUAUGUGGAAGGCAUAACAGAUCUGAUGCAAAUGAUUUUGGUGUUUCCUUUCUCUCCACCUGAGACAAAGGAGAAAAAUCUUGACUCAAUUAAGGACAGGGCAAUUAACAGGUACUUCCCAGUCUUUGAAAAGGUUUUGAAACACGGCCAAGACUUUCUCGUGGGCAACAAAUUCAGCUGGGCAGAUGUGCAGCUAAUUGAAGCCAUUUUAGCAGUGGAGGAGAAAAUACCUGCUGUGCUGUCGGGGUUUCCUCAGUUGCAGGCUUUUAAAAUAAGAAUGAGCAAUAUGCCUACAAUUAAGAAGUUCCUGCAGCCUGGCAGCCCAAGGAAACCCCCACCAGAUGAAUGUUAUAUAGAAACUGUGUUGAAGAUUUUUAAGAAAUGAAUGCCUUGCUACCUUUGGUGAGACCCAAAACACUGAAAAAAAAAAAAACAAACCCCAAACCAAAGGAAGCAGAAAGCUCGGUAAAUUAGUAUCAUUGUAGUUAAAAGCAAUGGUAAAAGAAACC